AUGUGUGUAUUCUUUCUUUCUUUCUUUCUUUCUUUCUUUCUUUCUUUCUCACUGAAAUGUUUUCAUUCUUUUUUUAUAUUCUUUCCUAAACGUCUUCUUCCUCAUUCAUUCUUUUCCCGCCUCUUAUUUCGUUUUACUAAAUCUUGUCAAGAUGUACUUAUAAUUACCUUCUUCUUCUUCUCCUCCUCCUCCUCCUUCUUGUUUUUUCUUCUUCUUCUCCUCCUUUUUCUUCCUCCUCCUUCCUCUUCCUUUUGUUUUUCUUCUUCUCCUCCUCUUUUUUCUUCCUCCUCCCUCCUCUUCCUCUUGUUUUUCUUUUCCUCCUCCUCCUCCUCCCGUUCUUCUUCUUCUUCUUCCUUCUCCUUCUUCCUUUUCCUCCUCCUCAUUCCUCUUCUUCUUCCUCCUCCUCCUCAUUUUUCUUCUCCUACUCCUCCUCUUUACUCUUCUUCUUCUCUUUCCUUCUCUUUCUUCUUCUUCUUCAUCCUCCCCCUCCUCCUCCUUCUUCUAUGUGCCUUGUCCCUUCAGGACGUUGUUGAUCAUGACUCUCUGAUAUUUUUCGUCCAUUGUAGCCCCUAA